GGCGAGCAGAGGCGGGGCGAGCGGGAGGCGGGCCGGAAGCCGGCGGCAGAGCGAGCCGGGAGACAUGGCGGCCCCGAGCGCGCUACUGGUGAUGGGCGUGAGCGGCUCCGGGAAAUCGAGCGUGGGCGCCCUGCUGGCAUCCGAGGUAACCCGCCCUUCUGUCUCCCAGGGGCACGCCCUGCUGCGGCUCCUGUUCUCUCCCUUCCCCCAGCCCUAAGGCCAGGCUGGCGUGUAAGUGCGAACAGGGGGAGGCAGGGGAAGAGCGGAGCUGCUGUUGGGGACCUCGUGGCGGCAGUCAUAUGAGUCGCCCUGCCCACUACAGGCUCCUUUCGUUCUGUUUCCAAGCUCGGGUGGAAAUUCUACGAUGCAGAUGACUAUCACCCGGAGGGAAAUCGAGUGAAGAUGAGCAGCGGGAUCCCCCUGGAUGACCAGGACAGAAUUCCAUGGCUCUGCAAAUUACACGACAUAUUACUAAGAGAUACAACUUCAGGACAACCUGUGGUUCUAGCAUGCUCGGCUCUUAAGAAAAUGUACCGAGACAUCUUAAUCGGAGGAAAGGACAGUAACUCUCAGAAGUCUGCUGAGUCUGGGAAGGAGGAAGAGUCAGCGGAGGUGAAGCUCCUGGUGGUGUAUCUCAGUGGGUCAUCAGAGGUUAUUGCUGAACGUUUAUGCAAAAGAAAAGGCCAUUUCAUGUCCCCUAAUUUAUUGCAGUCCCAGUUUGAUACUCUAGAGCCACCUUCAGCUCCAGAAAAUUUCAUCCAAAUCAGUGUGGACAAAACUCUUUCAGAGAUAAUCACUACAAUUAUGGAAAAAAUAAAACCAAGAAUCUUUUCUAGUCAGUAGUUCUAAACAGAAUUAAGCAAAAAUCUCAACCCCGUGCCAGAUCAUGUUCAGUACUGUAUUCUAAAUUAAGGUAACCAGUAAGCGCUUGUUUGGGUGUACUUUUAGGAAUCUGUGAUGCCACUGUACAUUGGUAGAUGAGAAGUAACUUUGAAAGUAAAAGCUUCAAGAAUUCAUGUGACUCAAUCAAAUGAUUAGAGUAAUAUUGAUCAUUAAUACUGUAAACCAUAAUCUUAAACAUUCUGAUCAUUUCUGUAUUCAAAUAAAUUAAAUUUGACUAUCCUGGCAACUCCUGAAAACUGGUCUUAGUACAAAACAAUCGCCAAGUUAUUUUAUAGCCUUUUCUUGAGUUAUUUCAAAACAGACAAUGCACUUAUAAAGUUCACAAUUAUAUAAUAAAUUGUAAAGGCAGAACUGGAGUGAACAAUAACCAGGCAGGUGUCAAUAUGCCUAUUCUGCCAUGAAAGACACCACUCGCCCUUCUAGGCAAACGCUGGCGAAUAGCACUAAGCUGCUUUAGUCAUACCAAUGGGCAGUGAUGAGCAGACAGUUGCUGGGCAGUGUGAAAUGAUAGGGGAUGUUGAAGAUUCAUUCCUGGCAUCAACUAAACACCACAUAGGGAAGCAGAAUCUGACUGUCAUAGUCUAGUUGAAGCUUUUUGCCAUGGGCUUUAGGAAUAAGGUUCAGUGUUCUCUGUCCAAGCCAGUGCCCCAGCACCCAGCCACUCUGCUUGCCCACUGGUUGGUCCUGGGCAGACAGAUACUCUUUUCUUUCACAAAGGCAGUCGCUCAAGAACUGCAUAUGUAAUGUGUGAGGUGUUGAUGGAACAAGUGGAAUGAAAGGGCCCUUCUGGUGGCUGGUCAAAAUGCAGCACCUGUAUUCUCUCUGCCAUGCUAUUUAGGGCACCAUUUGCCAAUCUCUGGUUUAUAUAUUUAAGGUUGAGGUCAUGAAGCUGUCCAGUCAGUACAUCCUUGCUGGGCGAGUGAGCUCCACAAUUAGAGGAAAGAUCGGUACAUUGUUCUUAGUGCCAUACUGGAUGCUGUGAUGGUCACCAGGGAGGGCCUGAGACUCCAAAGCCCAGGAUCUCUAGUGGCUGGGUGGGAAGGUAGGGUGAGAAGAUACCAGAUUAUCUGAGUAAAGGAUGCACAGGAAGGAUGUGAGCGGGGCCUUGAAAAUAGAUAAAGGAGGAUAGAAGUCUGUGCCCCCGUUCCCAUCCCAGACUAAAUGCCAAAGUACUUCCUUUAAUGCAAGACUUGAACCAGACUGCCAUGGCUCCUCCACAGCCGUGCAAUCAUUCUAGGUCUCAGCUUGUCCAGCUCCCCCACCCCCACAUCAGGGACAAGGACAGAAAAUAAAAGAAAUACAGUAGCUCUCAGCCUCAGCUGCAUGAUACACUUACCUGAGGAACUUACUCAGAUAUCUUCUUCCUCCCCAAAACCUAUCCAGCCAACACUGAUUAGGAGGGGCUGAGGUCUCUGGAACAGAAAUAUUCACAGCAACACUGAUGAGCAGCCUGGCUUGAGAACUGCAGGGUAACCUCUGACAACAGGACUAUGCCUAGCUCUCCAAACUGUGCUGAUACCACAAUGCCACAACCAGAAGAGAGGCUUUUCAAUAAUGAAGUUCAGGGAUGGACAGAGGCCUAAUCUGGGACAGAUGCACUGAAAAACUUUAAAAGGUCACGGUUAUCUAUCAGCCUAAAUGAAGCUCUGGGCAGGUGAGUGGGGAUUAGUGGCUGAUUUAACUUGGUGUAACAGGUAGAAGAAACUGAGGGGGUAGGGAAACAAUUCCCUUUCUCUACUAAGGAUACUCUUGAGUUAUAUGAUCCGAGGUAGAGUAAACCACAGAUACAGUAUUUCAUAAAGCCUAGCUGGUCUUCCCUUGCAUGGUUCUCUUAGCAGGGGGAAAUAAAGGUUUUCAAAUUCUUCUCAGUAAGUAAAUACAUAUAUGGAAUGAGUGUAGAGACAUUUGUCUUUAAAGUCAUUAAGUUUACCAGCAAUCCCGUUUACUCACACAAUAAUAAAGUAUUAUUACUCAGCCAUAAAAAAGAAUGAAGGCCUGUUACAUGCUACAACAUGGAUGAAUGCAAUAAGGCAUUAUGUUUAGUGAUAAAAGCCAGGACAAUAGACAACAUAUUAGUUGAUUCUAUUUGUAAGACAGGAAAAUUCACAGAAAGCAAUCAGUGGUUUUUCAAGGAAGUAGGGAAGACAGGAGCUGGGCAGCAUUUCUUUGGGGGAAAGGGGGAAUAAUGGAAAUGUUCUAGAAUUAAUAGUGAUGACUGUGAUAACAAUAAAAUUACUAAGCAUAACUGAAAUACUUCAAAAUGGUAAAUUCUUAACAUGUAAAAUCCAGCCAACAAAAGCAGAAACACUAUUAGUAUAUACUUGUGUCUGUAUGAAUAUAUACUCACAAUGUAUGUGCACAAUGUAUGUAUACACUAAUUAGAAUAUAUUAGUACAUAUCCAUAGAUACCCAUGUCUGUAUGAAUACUCACAAUGUAUGUGCGCGUGCACACU